AGACAACAUGUCAUUCUUCGGUUCUUACCCAUUUCGUGUAUUUGAACUACACACAUGAUUUGUUCGUCCAUUCCACGCCCUUCGCCGUGGUUACAAUUCACUCCCUUGGUUUUCCAUUUAAAAUGUGGGCAAUACCUGAUACUGGAGCAACACAAACAAUCAUCUCCCUGGAUUUUGUUCGAAUCUAUAAGAUACGGAUACAUCUAUCAAGCUGGUACAAACCCAAGAAGACCACGUGUCGAUGGCGGAUAAAGUUACCAACGAGUUCCAGGACGUCUUCAAUUGCGAGCAAGGACUUCGUCCAAUGAAUUGCCCUCCAAUGAUAAUACAUCUGCGCGAGGAUAUUGAGAUCACUCCUACAAAAGUUCUUACUAGUCGACCAAUUCCUUAUGCUAUACGGGGACAAUCCAAAGACGAAGUGCAAAAUUUGUUUCGCUCUGGUAUCAAAGAGCCACUCCUGGAACCAACAGAAUGGACCAGCCCUGCAAUGUUUUUGCCAAAAACUGACGGAUCGGUUCGAAUGGUUACAGAUUACACGAAUCUUAACCAAUUUGUUCGUCGACCCGUUCACCCAUUCCCCACGCCAUCUGAUAUAUCUCAUUCUAUUCCGCCUGAAUCAAAAUUUUUCAUCGUUCGCGAUGCGAAAAAGGGAUAUUGGCAAGUGGAGCUUCACCCUAAAAGCCGCCAUCUCACGGCUUUCAUAGCUCCCUGUGGGAGAUUUCAAUAUUGCCGGGCUCCAAUGGGCCUUAACGCAUCCGGAGACGAGUUCUGCUUUCAAGGGGAUCAGGCACUAGGGAAUAUUCCCGGAGUACAAAAAAAUCGUCAACGACAUUCUCAUAUUUGCUCCUAACAUACCAAUUCUACAAACCCGUCUUACUCAAGUACUCGAGAAAUGUCGUCUCCACGGCAUUACUUUGUUCAAGUCUAAAAUCCAAGUCGGCAAAAUGGUUCGAUUUGCAGAAUUCAUCAUUAGUGAUGCAGGGAUAUCUCCCAAUCCUGCAAAGACGUCUGCAAUCGCAAAGUUCCCAUCACCUCAAAAUAUUACAGAUUUCUGCCCAACCUGAGUCACAUGCUUGAACCAUUGCGAGGACUUUUACGCUCCAAGGUCGUAUUUCGAUGGUUGCCGGAACAUGAGCAGGCUUUUCAAAAGGCCAAAAUAAUUCUAUCCAACCCGGAGGGCCCAAUUUUGGCACAUUUUGAUUCGGCUCAACCAACCAAAUUGUUGACCGACGCCUCCCGACUUAAAGGAUACGGAUAUGCUCUCGUACAAGAACACACUGACGGUCAUUAUCAACUAAUUCAAUGCGGAUCACGCUUUCUCACCGAAACCGAAACAAGAUACGCUGUGGUGGAACUGGAAGCCCUUGCUAUCCAAUGGUCAAUUUCCAAAUGUCAUCUCUAUUUACACGGCAUACAAAAUCGAAGUCAUUACUGACCACAAGCCCCUCUUGGGCAUCUUCAAUGGCAAAAAUGUUAACGCCAUCAAAAAUCCUCGAUUGCAAAGAAUACUCUCAAAACUUUCAUACUACACUUUCAACGUUACUUGGGCGAGUGGAAACACACACUUACAGUAAUUGCGGACGCACUCUCUCGCGCUCCACUCUCCAACGAAUCAGGGGAAGAAAUUGAUAUUCUUCAAUGUUCCCUUUCAUCAGUGGGUGCUUCACGUGACGUAUCUUUCCAAGAACUCACCAUAGCCACCCAAAAAGAUCCAGAAUAUCAAGCUAUCAUUGACGUGUUCAAUUCGAAAUCCAAAAUUGACACCUUGCCUCCAGAACACCCUGCAAAAAUGUUCUCAAACAUAUGGAACGAAGUAUCAUUCGAUGACCAGCAUCGGAUUCUGCUCUUCCACAACAGAGUCAUUGUUCCCCGCCACAUUCGCCGUUCUCUACUCGACAAACUUCAUCUGUCCCAUUCUGGGAUAACGAAAACUCGCUCAUUAGCCAGGGCAUUGUAUUAUUGGCCAUCACUGAAUCGAGAAAUCAACAACAUUAUAUCAUCCUGCGAACAAUGUACACGUCUUCCGCCAUCACAACAUUUUACCCCUCCGCAAAAAUCCAUCUCUCAACAUCCAUUUCAAGAUGUCUCAGUGGAUCUAUUCGAGGAGAAGGGACAUUAUUAUUUGGUUCUUGUGGAUCGAUAUAGUGGUUGGCCAUGCAUUUCAAAACUCAACAAAUUAGACACCAAUACCAUUACUAACAUUCUCUCUAAUUGGUUAAUUGAUUGGGGCAUUCCAUGCUCCAUCAAAACUGACAAUGGGCCUCAGUUUCGCUCAUCUUUUGACGAGUUUUGUCAGGAGAUGAAGAUAGAACAUCAAACUUCGUCGCCAAACAACCCACAAUCUAACGGACACGCUGAAGCAGGGGUUAAAGCAAUGAAAUAUCUCGUUGCUAAAUCUUCCAACUGGCAAUCAUUACUCACGGCAUUAUGUGAGUGGAGAAACACACCUCAAUCGUCUGGAUAUUCUCCUGCACAAAGACUUCUUGGGGGAAGACAAAGAACUUUGAUCCUAGCUCACCCAUCCUCUUACUUUUGUCUCCCUUCAGAUCAUUAUGAAAGAUUUGAAAAGCAAAAAUCAACUUUGAAUGCAAAAUCUGCAAUGUAUUUUAAUCGUUUGGCAAAGCCCCUCUCCAAAUUAGAUCCUGGAGAUUUGGUCCAUGUCCAACAUCCUCUAACCAAAAAAACGACUGAGACCGGUCCCGUAAGCACUCGGUGCUCACGUGGUCAAUCGUACGAAGUGAAUAUCAAUGGCUCCAAGAGAAUUCGAAAAUGACGAUUGUUGAGGUUCGUUCCGGAGUUCUGCAAAACCCCAGAGGGGGAGAUGUGAUGAUCUUCACUGAUCGAUGAAUUACUGGUCAAACUACUUUUUAUUUGUUGCUAUGUUGUUCACGUUCCCUUGAAUAGAGAAGUUUUGUUCUGAAUGAAACACAAAUA